GGUGAUGUCAUCACCGGGCGACGGAUGCCGGGCAGGGCGGGCGGUGUCGGCGCCAGCGGAGCAGCAACGGCCUGAGCGGCGCGAGCGCAGUCUCCAAAAUCCAUCACUAUGGAUUAUCUCUCCAAGCCCGGCCUCCUCAGUGUCAUUGCUGGAGUUGCAUGUGGAGUGUGCCUGGGAUGGGGCAUUCGUGGGAAACUUCUAAAACACCCUAGAGCCGGAAUGACUGCAGCCCCAAACGAGCUGGGGAGCGAAGCUAACAUCAUGGGGGAGUCUGGGGAGUUCAAGAUGGUGCUGAUUGUCCGUAACGAUUUGAAGAUGGGGAAGGGUAAAGUAGCUGCACAGUGUUCCCAUGCUGCUGUUUCUGCCUACAAGCAAGUUCAAAGAAGAAAUCCUGAACUCCUUAAACAAUGGGAGUACUGCGGACAACCUAAGGUGGUGCUCAAGGCUCCCGAUGAAGAGACUCUCAUCCAGCUCCUUGCUGACGCUAAACAGCUAGGACUGACUGUGAGUUUAAUCCAAGAUGCAGGUCGUACUCAAAUAGCACCAGGCUCCCGGACAGUCCUUGGUAUUGGACCAGGACCGGCUGAUAUAAUAGAUAAAGUAUCUGGUCAUCUAAAACUCUUCUAAACCAGGGACCAAAGAAAUGUGAAUGUAACAGUAUACACGAGUACCAAAAGAAUAAAAUCCAAGUUUGCAUUUUUUUCCAGAUGUUCUCUCAGUAUAAAUAAAGCAUGCCUUUUGAGUAAAA